UUGGUGAUUCGCGUCCUUGAGAAUCCAUGCUAUAGAGAGGCUGCCACUGGUCUUCUCCCUGGACUACUACCAGUUCUUAUCGAACACACACUUUCCUCUUCUCCGUCACCCAGCACCGCGACUUCUGAGUCAAGCCGUCUGGCUCUUGAUUUACUUGUUGCUGCUGCAAGAGCUGCUCGUGCUUCUGCACUCCGUCCUGCUCUCCCCCAACUUAUCCUGGCAGGCCUCAUGGCGAUGGCCGGAUUACCUGCAUCAAGACUUCCCGGUUUACUAAAACAAUCUGAUACACGAAGAAUUGCAGCUUCUUCGUCUUCAGCUAUGGUUUUGCCACACACCUCGACCGGUUUGUCUGCAUCUAGUAUAGCUAUCGGCACACUUUCUGAUGCUGGGGAACAGGCCCGACAGACUUCAAUGGAUGCCCUUGCAGGCCUUGUGAUCGCAAAAGAUGUUAGCAAAGAAGAACAGAUGGCCGAGGUUCUGCGGCUUGUAACAGGAAUUAAGCCUACUGCCUUAUCAAACGCGCCUGGAUCCGUUCGCUGCGGUGGUGCCAGUGGAGCAGCCUCAGUGGCCACUGCAGCGUGUCUUUUUCUCGGCCAACUAGCCGCGAAUCAAAUGGCUGCAAAUCAGUCGGCUGCAGCCGCUCGUCAGUUGCAAAUUCGGCGUGGGCAACAGCACCAUUGUCUUCAGCAGCAGCAACAACACUUGUACAACCACGGCUAUCAUCAUUAUCAUCAACAUGAACUGCAACAGCAACAACAG